CCUCAGGAGCAAGUCACUUAUUGGCCUGAAGAUGAGCGUCGUCACUGCCCAGCCUUGAUUGAACGCGGCUCUGGCAGCCACGGUUCUGAUGGCAGCUCCGGUGAAGGUGGGUCUGUUGGAGGUCUUACUUCGCCGAUUUUGACCGCCUCAUUUGAGCUAGAUCCACAGACAGGUUUUCCUAUGUCGGAAAUGGCGCGGAUUCAGUUGCCCGUGACCGAUGCAGCCCUGCGUAAAAUUUAUCCGGUGACCGGUUCGGUUUAUCUUACGGAAAGUGAUUUUGAUCCUAUGCUUUUCCUUCUCAAAUUUUACAAGGAUGUGAGCCCCAGCGAAUUGCAGACUACCCUAAUGAACUUUCGGCUUAGCCUGAAGGCCGGCGGAGGAAACACACCUAUGGACGUGAUAAAAAAGCACCUUAUGCUUAUUUUUCUUUGUCUCCAAGGCAUGGAAGGUGAGGGCUGUCUGGUAGUUAGCGCAUUGUCGUCUGCGCUUUUUUAUGACUCGCUAGCGUCUGUUUUGGCUUUUGAAGGAUAUCACUUAAUUGGCUCCCAUUCCACAUCGGCAUAA